GGGCGGCCCUUGCAAAAAGCAACAAACAUACCUUAACCAGGAAGUAAAGUGGAGUGAUAUUCCACCUGCAUACCGUCCUCUGCAAGGUGUGCUCUUCAUUCAUGGAGCCUCAGUAAUCCUCUAGCUGUGGAGAUUCGCAAUUAUCUGCCUUUCCCAGAAACGCUGGUGCUGGCAAAAUUCGGACUCGUAUAGAAGAUUACAUUUUUUUCAAAAAGAAGACCUUUUACUCCUAGUUCACAUUCAUCAAUAUGACGUGGGGGACACACCUGUACAGAAACUCUACCUGAGAGAACGAGGAAUUAGCAUUAUUUCAGCCGUGAAUAUGGGAAACUUCUGCAGGAAGCAUUGCAGCUGUUGCCUACAGACUUGUAUACUCUCUGAUAAUAGAUCUGAAAGUUACAAAGUAGGUGACACUGUUAUUGUGAAUAAUCAUGUGGAGAAUGCUGGUUCGCGUCCCGUGCUGGACCACGAGACACCCCAAAAUAUUACUGUACCUGUACAUUCACGGAAAGACUCCAGCGUAGCCUAUGUGGCGUUAUUUGAUUACGAGGCCCGCACAAGUGACGAGCUAAGUUUCUAUGCCGGGGACCAACUGCUUAUCUUAAAUUUUACUCAUGACAGUUGGUGGAAAGCUAGAGCCUUGACACCUCGAGGGAAGGCAGAAGGAUUUGUCCCAGCAAACUAUGUGGCUCCAGUCCACAGUAUUGAGUCUAAACCGUGGUUCUUCCGUGAUAUCAAGCGUUUGGAUGCAGAAAAGCAGAUUCUCCAGCAAGACAAUAAGGCCGGGGCUUUUCUUAUCCGAGAAAGUGAGACCCAAAAUGGGAAAUACUCUCUUUCUGUGUAUGAUGGCAUCUCCGUGAAACACUAUAGAAUCAGAACACUUGACAAUGGUGGAUUUUAUAUAUCGCCCAAAAGGACAUUUCAAGAUUUGGAGGCGCUUGUGAAAAAUUAUAUGAAGGCGGAGGAAGGACUUUGCUGUAAGCUCAGAAAACCAUGCAUAAAGAAUGAAGUUCCUCUGCCUCCAGACUUGUGUUAUGAAACUGCUGAUCACUGGGAAAUUGACAGAAACUCCUUGAAGUUUUUGAAAAAGCUGGGGCAGGGCCAGUUUGGAGAAGUUUGGGAAGGAUUGUGGAACAAUACUAUAUCAGUGGCUAUUAAAACAUUGAAAACAGGAUCAAUGAAUGCCCAAGACUUUUUAAGGGAGGCGCAACUUAUGAAGAGCCUCAGACAUCCAAAGCUUAUUCAGUUAUAUGCAGUGUGCAGUUUGGAAGAACCAGUGUAUAUUAUAACGGAACUCAUGCGACAUGGCAGUUUGCUUAUAUAUCUACAAAAUGAUAAUGGUGCGACAAUCAAGGUACCCCAACAGGUAGACAUAGGUGCACAAGUGGCCUCAGGAAUGGCAUAUCUGGAAAGUCAAAACUUCAUCCACAGAGAUCUAGCAGCUAGAAAUGUACUUGUUGGGGAUUAUGGUAUAUAUAAAGUAGCUGAUUUUGGACUUGCCAGAGUUUUUAAGGAAGAUGAUGUUUACCAGGCCAAAAAAGACACAAAACUUCCUCUGAAAUGGACGGCACCAGAAGCAAUCCGAAGCAACACAUUCAGUGUUAAGUCUGAUGUAUGGGCAUUUGGAAUUCUUCUUUUUGAAAUAACAACGUAUGGAAAAACGCCAUAUCCAGGCAUGAAUGGAAGACAGGCAUUCGAAAAAAUUGAACAAGGCUACCGGAUUCCUAAACCCUUCAACUGUCCCCAGGACCUUUAUAACAUCAUGAUGGAAUGUUGGAAUGCAGAUCCAGAAAACCGGCCAACCUUCGAAACCUUACAGUGGAGGCUUGAAGAUUAUUUUGAAACUGAAUCUUCAUCUUAUCAUGAUUCAAAUGCAUUUGCUAGUUAGAAUUUAGAUAGAAGGACCAGCCAUGAGACUCGAUUUAUAUGUUUUUAAUCACUUGAGUCAUCGAUACUGGAAAAGAACACAAAAUAUUUUUCUACUGAAGGACAAUCAAAAUCAGCAGCAUUUCAAUAAGUCAUUAAACUUGGACAUCACUACCUGAAGAAAUAAUUCACAUGGCUUUAAAAGGUUUAUGUGAAAAAAUAGCACUUUUAUAGAAGAUAAGCACUCCGGAGGCAUAAUGUAGGCAUUUAGCGUUUACAGAGAGUUCAAGAAAAUGUGACCUUUCUAUCAUGGUGUUGGCACUCUGUCAUCAUUCUGUCAUUUUGUGUGUUGGGGUAUAUAAUCUUAAGAAAGGUAGCUGGUCUCAGAGGAUGGGGCAUAAGUGUAACACGCCUAUUUCAUGUUUGAAACAAUCUUCCUAACUUUCUACUUUUUAAAAAUUAUUUUUAGCAUAAAUAUUCACAGAGAACAAGUGAGCAUGAAAAUGCUAAUUGCUGCUAAGAUCUAAACGUGGCCAUACACAAGCCUUAGACUAAAGGCUUAACCUACCCAAGUAGGAUGUUGGGGGAAAGAAAGAUUAUUUGUUCUUGUGGCUGAUAUGUAAUUGAUAGAGCUGUCUGGCAGCUGCUUAGAAUCUUCUCUCCACAGAGAAAAAAUGCCAGGUUUUUUUUGAGUUGGGAGGAAAAGCAGUUACCUGAACAAGUUAUCUGGUAGACUCCCUAGGGGUUCUAUUCUAGACCGUACUAGGAUGCUGAUUCUCGGCUAACUUUGAACAGUUAUGCAGAUGAAAGGCUUUCUGGAGAGAGGCACAGAGUUGCACAAUGAGAAGAAAGACCAUUAUUGGGUUGGAACAGGCUAAUUUGAGGUGUAGAGUCUAAGAAACCCUAUGUUCUUCACCUUUAAUUCCUGCAAGAACGUGUGACCCAUCAGAUACCCAAGUGGUAGCCCAUGGGAGAGUCCCUAAUAGUCUGACAGCAGAAAUUGGGCUGGGCUAAAGAAGUAGUAAGGGUAGAUUUGGUUUAGCAACAUGUAGGUGACCAUCAGCUUUUGAAUCAGCGUCAGAAGGUCAGGUAGUCAAGUGGGCUGGGUCAAACACAAGAAAUCACAGAAAUGCAAACAGGAAAAUACAGUAAGCCAGAAACUCACUAAAGAGUACUGGAAAAUUUUGUGAUUUGAAGGCCCUAGAGGAGUGAAGUCACAUGCUGUGGCAAGUCCCGCUCCUGUGGCUGGACCUGCACAACAGAGAGAGAGAUAUAAGUGACGUCCUAUCGUCUUGUUGAAGUCACGGAUAUGGAUGGCUGACAUGCCUCAUGUCGUUGAAGAUGAAGCAUCAUGGCUGCUGACACUAAUGUGUAUGACCAAUAACCAGCUUUACAUGCUUGAUUCUAAAUUCUCAUCUCU